UGACCCGGCCCGUUAUUAGGUAAGAUCGACCUCCCAGAUCUUUAUGAACUAAAAGAGACCACGAGAGCCAAUCGCGGAGUGGCAGCAGUCGUAAAUUCAUCGUCUUUCUCGUUUCGUCCGCUUCAUCGAAACCCUAACUCAAUUGCCUGAAUCCGAAUUUGAUGGAGGGAAUUGGAAGUGAGGGCGGAGCAGCGGCGGCGCCACUGGCCCAAUGGCGGAGCAAUUUUGCGAGAGCAUUCCAGUACUAUUUGGAUCGGUCAACGCCUCACACUGUGAAUAGAUGGCUAGGAACCCUAGUUUUGGCUAUGAUUUACAUUCUGCGUGUGUACUAUGUUCAGGGGUUCUAUGUUGUCUCCUAUGGUCUGGGGAUCUACGUUUUGAAUCUCUUGAUUGGCUUCUUCUCGCCCAAGGUUGACCCGGAGCUUGAGGCCUUGGAUGGGGCUUCAUUGCCAACAAGUGGUUCUGAUGAGUUUAAGCCUUUUGUUCGCCGCCUUCCCGAGUUUAAGUUCUGGUAUUCCAUCACAAAGGCAUUCGUUAUUGCAUUUAUCAUGACCUUUAUUUCUCUGCUGGACGUACCUGUUUUCUGGCCAAUACUGCUAUGCUACUGGAUUGUUCUGUUUGUCCUCACAAUGAAAAGGCAGAUCCUACACAUGAUCAAAUACAAAUAUGUUCCAUUUGAUAUCGGAAAGAGGCGAUACACUGGAAAGAAGUAGUCUGAAUGGGAGCGGCUUUUCUACAAAUCUGAAAUGAAAUGCUGACGAUUUGUAGAACCUUGAGUGAAAGCAAAACAAUAAAUUUGGGAUCUUAAGUUUGUUUUGAAGGUAAUGUUCCCUCAGUACAUUUGAACAUGUGCUAGCCUCUCUAGUUUAGAAGCGGAUGACAGGUAUUGUCAGGAUGCCCAAAUGGUUAAUCUUCCAUAGCCUAAUCAGAGUUCAAGUUGCAUUCGUUUUUCAUUAAACAUUGCCUAGCAGAUUAAAAUAUACAUUGUUGAAGACACAGCUAACAGCAGUCUAUGUUAUAUUGUCUGUAUGUUGCAUGAACAUGUCAUGUCGGGGGCAUGAACCCAGUGUAUUCGUUGCAUGUAAAGCAUGAGAAGAUGUUCCAUGUUCA